CAUCUCUAUUGAACACAACUAUUUAUUUUUGAUAAUGAAUUUCAUUAUAAAAUUAGGUGUGCUGCCCUGCCCUGAAAUAAUAUAAACAUAACAAAUCAGUUUCUGCGGCUGUCAAUACAGUUAGAAAUGCAACCAAUCUUUAACGACGCAGCGCGACUAUGGAAUUGAUAAAAAUGAAGCGAAAUUUGGAGUUCAACAAUAUGUCAAAUGUGGAGCUGCAGGUAUGGACGACUCGUAUCCUGGGCGAAGCUCAGUGCGAAAAUGCAAUGAAUCAAAAUCUUGAGUCGACAUCCAUCGCUAGGAUGUCACAUUUUGAGCGAAAUGCCAUCGAUGCAGCUAUUGCUUGCCACGGACUUUUUAUAGAUAAUGAUGAUGAAGAGAAACCGCCUCCAGUUCGUCGACAGCGCCUGUGGCUGCCGCAGUCUACAUUGAGCAACGCAACAGCGCACAGCAACAACAGAAAUGUUGUUUCAGACUUUAACGAAGCUGUUAUAUUGGAGACCAUUGACAGUCUCGGCCUACUCAGGAGACCUUAAGUAAGGUUUCAGGAUUAUACAACACACAUCCACAUGAUAUUGUAUACAAAUUAUUCUUAAAUAUGCCUAAAAACUAGCGAAUUCUACGUUUCCUUUUUUUCAAGCUUUCAAGUUAACAAUUAAUUUAUAAGUCCAGUUGUUACGACAUUUGUUUGGCCUUCGGUUUUCCGUACUAUAUUCGAGUCGAUUUCCGUUAUAUUUCUCUCUUCACAACAAAGUCACAUCCAGCCGCUAUGCAUGGCAGCCCACUCUGCCAGGGGGCGCCACUGGACGAGGAAGAGUGUGAUAAUGACAGAAUGAUCACCUGGCAGGGUGUCAGAAAAGGGAAAUGGUUUUCCUUAAUUCUGGCUACAUUAAUGAUUCGAAAUAAUUGAGCACAUUUAUUUAAACUUAAGAACCCUAUGUACAUACUUAAUAUAUGCUGUGUGUGCUCAUUUAUAUUAUUGUUUGAAUAAUCCCAGUUGAUAUAAUGCUCGGAUUUAAAGCCCUGAAAGUGACCAAAGUGGGCAAAGUGCAUGCUCUUCGACAUAUGGCGGGCUUUAUCCAGUUGGAAAAAACGAAAAUGCCUUAAUUGAAACUUUUUUACUUUGAUAAAGCAUCACAUUAUUUAUUUGGCAAAGUAAACAUAAACAACAAAUUGACUAAAAUUGCACUUAUUAAACGAACUAUAGAAAUGGAAUUGUCAGGGCUAUUCAUAUAAAUAGGACGAAUAUGAAAAUAAAGGUUUAUAUUUUCUCACGAAA